AUGCAGUCAUUCCAGGCCCUACUGUUAGCCUUGACGGUCAGUCUUGGCUUUGCUGCCGCGCAAGUCGGUUCUCUAGGUAGGAAUGGAAGACCGACGAAUUACACGGUGUACACUUUCGAUCAACCUAUCGAUCAUUUUCAAACCAGCCCUCGGUACGCGCCACACACCAACGCCACUUUUAAGCAGAGAUACUGGUUCGACGAUACAUACUACAAGCCAGGCGGCCCCAUCUUUCUGUACAUUGGCGGCGAGGUCAGUGGGACGUCGCGCUUUUCGAACCUCGAGACUGGCAUUAUUCAGAUCCUUAUGAAUGCGACUGGUGGCUGGGAGUCAUACUUGAGGACAGAUAUUAUGGAGACUCGUACCCUUUCGAGAAUUCCACAACCGACAACCUGCGGUUUCUCACGACCGAGCAGACAAGAGCAGACAAUAGCAGACAACGCCUACUUCGCGCAACACGCCACAUUCCCCAAUGUUACAGGCGGGGAUAACCUGACUGCCGCCUAUCGCCCCUGGAUAUUGUAUGGAGGCAGUCUUGCCGGGGCACAGACGGCCUUCUCCCUUGUAGAGUAUGAAGGAUUGCUCUGGGGAGGCAUUGCCGCCUCUGGGGUCAUCCAUGCAGUCCUUGCCAUUCAGCAACUGAAGGAGAUUUUCGAGCUCGGCACAUUGACUGACCUAAGGGACUUUGCAAUGACUAUUGCCUUCCCGCUGGGUGCACCAAUGAACUACCCCACAAACACCUGGCAGGAGCUCAAUUGGAGCCCUCCGUCCGACAACCCGGAUUUCUUCUGGUUCUGUAACAAUAUCACGGAUAUGAACGCGUCAGCGAACGUCACGGCCAUGGACACUCAGCUAACCAAUUACACGAACGGUUCGGCGUGGACCGGCCUAGGCGCAUACGCCAACUAUGUCAAGGAAGUCAUAGUCUCGGCCUGUGAAAGUGAAGAUUUGAUCAAUACGAGUACCCAAGGUUGCUUCUCGACUCAUAACCAGACCUUCUACGCCAUAACCGAUAAUUCCGGCAGCAGAUCCUACCUCUACAGCACGUGUACCGAACAAGGCGCGUACCAAAUGCCCCAAGCCCGCGGCACACCGUCGCUUCUCUCUCGCGUCAUCGGUCUCGACUACACCCAGCAGUGUUUGACUGCCCCACGGCUUGCUUUGAUCGAUGGAGGGAGCGAUGUGUGGCGGGACUUGUGUUACCACGGCCGUAACGCCAGCACACGGUAUGGCGAGAAUCAGCUGCUGAUCACGGGUGGGGGCCAUCAUUGGGACAGCACGGGGAUUCUCAAUCUCAGUGGGGAGCCGGAUUUCAUCAGAGAGGCGCAUCAGUGGGAGUUUCGACGAGUAAAGACUUAG